UCUGAAAAAGAAAAAUCAGAUCAAAAUAAGAAGAAUCCAAGACACCCACCGCUUUUUUUUCUCCCCUGCAUUUUUUUCAACCUCACUCUCUCUCUACAUCUCGCUCACGAACUCUCUCUCUCUCCCCCCAACUCACUAAUGGCAUCUCGCGAAGACAGCGUCUACAUGGCGAAACUCGCCGAGCAAGCCGAGCGCUACGAGGAGAUGGUCGAGUUCAUGGAAAAAGUCGUCGCCGCCGCUACUUCCGGCGAGGAACUGACCGUCGAAGAGCGCAACCUCCUCUCCGUGGCCUACAAGAACGUCAUCGGCGCUCGGCGCGCUUCGUGGCGCAUAAUCUCCUCGAUCGAGCAGAAAGAAGAGAGUCGCGGCAACGAUGGACACGUGGCGACUAUCCGUGACUACAGAUCUAAAAUCGAGAGCGAGCUCUCCGGGAUCUGUGAUGGAAUACUGAAGCUGCUUGAUACCAAGCUUAUUGGCGCCGCCUCGAGUGGUGAUUCGAAAGUGUUUUAUUUGAAGAUGAAAGGUGAUUAUUAUAGGUAUCUUGCGGAGUUCAAGACUGGUGCUGAGAGGAAAGAUGCUGCUGAAAACACUCUCAACGCCUAUAAGGCCGCUCAGGAUAUUGCGAAUGCUGAAUUAGCUCCAACACAUCCGAUCCGACUGGGGCUCGCCCUUAACUUCUCUGUGUUCUACUAUGAGAUUCUGAGUUCCCCUGACCGUGCUUGUAAUCUUGCGAAACAGGCCUUUGAUGAAGCGAUUGCUGAGUUGGAUACCCUAGGAGAGGAGUCCUACAAGGACAGCACUCUGAUUAUGCAACUUCUCCGUGAUAACCUUACUCUAUGGACUUCAGAUAUGCAGGAUGAUGGUACUGAGGAAAUCAAAGAAGCAGCCAAACCUGAUGAUGAAUAGUUAUGCUUCUUCUUUAGGAUGGGCUUUUCUUUUGAAUUGUAUUAGUUUGCUUUUAAUUUGAAAAUUGCUGCUUGUGGCUACUGGCUUGUAAGUUGUAACAUCAACUCUAUGUUAUAGUAGGGAUUGCUUCUAAACGGACAUGUGAUCAGUUUUAGAUUUUAUGCAUGCCAUGUUUUAUUUCGCUACACAA